AUGUCCAACCGCCCGCCUUCUUCGACGUCUGACGUCCUCCUCUACUUCCUGGCGCUCUUCGUGCCGCCUGUUCCCGUUUUCAUCAAGCGCGGCUGCGGCGCCGACUUCCUGAUCAACAUCUGUUUGAGUAUCCUCGGCUGGAUCCCCGGUGUGCUGCUCCGCAACCUCGCCCUCCAGUACCCGGGCUCUGCCCUCAACACUGGACCCCUCAUCAUCUACCUCACCGCCCGCGAUGCCUCUCGCGGAGAAGCCGCGCUGAAGACGCUCGAGUCAGAUGACCAGCUGCUUAAUGCGAAGGUGCUGAAAGCCCAGGGCGGCCCCGUCAGCCUCGCCUUCAAGGAGCUGGACAUCAGCAAGAAGGAAAGCAUCGACGCCUUCGCCGCCGACCUGCAAAAGGACCACGGCUCCAUCGACGUCGUCAUCAACAACGCCGGCAUCGCCAUGGAGGGCUUCGACGCCAACGUCGCCACCACCACCCUCGCCACAAACUACCACGGCACCCUCCACUCCACCCUCUCCCUCCUCCCCCUCCUCAAACCCUCCCACUCCUCCCGCCUCAUCAACGUCGCCAGCAUCGCCGGCUCCCUCUCCAAGUACCCCCCCUCCCUCGCCGACGAAUUCCGCGCCGCCGCCCGGUACCCCCAAUCCCAAUCCUCCUCCCAACCCCCCAUGACCCCCAACUCCCCCCUCGCCGCCACCGCCCCCGCCACCGCGCUGAUGCAAGUCUUCACCGACGGCGUGCGCGCCGGCGGCACGCACGCGGAAAAGGGCUUCCCGAGCGCGGCGUACGCGGUGAGUAAAGCGGGCGUGAUAGCGAUGACGAAGGCCGUCGCGGGGUGGGAGGCGGUCGUGGCGCGGGAGGAAGGGAGGGAGGCGCGGGGCGUGCAGGCGUGUUGCCCGGGUUGGGUGGUGACGGAUAUGACGAAGGGGAAGGGGGUGAAGAGCGUGGAUGAGGGGGCGCGGACGCCGGUUUGGUUGGCGUUGGGGAGGGAGGGCGGGGAGGUCGUGGGCGGGUUUUGGGAGGGGGAGAGGGGGGUGGAGUGGUAG